CAAGACAUAUAUGCCUUUUACUAUCCAUAUCUUGUUGGUAGCUUUAGCUUAUUUAUUUCUCACUCUCCUCUGUACGUGCAUCUGUAUGAUAGGACUAGGAGGUUGGAAAUAAGAGGAAAUAGAGGAAAGAGAAUCAAGAAAGAAAGAAAGCAAAAAAAUGGAGAGAAAAGAGGAAAUACAGGGGCUUGAAUCACCACUGAUUCCAAAUAAAAAAGUGAUAGAAUCCAAAAAAGGAUUGGAGGGAAUCAAGAAAGAUGAUAUUUUGACAGAAUUGAAGAAGCAGUUAAGUCUGGCGGGGCCAAUAAUAGCAGUGAAUUUGUUACUGUAUUGUUUACAGGUGAUAUCUGUUAUGUUUGUGGGUCAUCUUGGUGAGCUUGCUCUCUCUGGUGCUUCCAUGGCCACCUCCUUUGCCUCUGUCACUGGCUUCAGCCUCUUGGUAGGAAUGGGAAGUGCAUUAGAUACAUUCUGUGGGCAAUCUUAUGGGGCUAAACAGUACCAUAUGCUUGGUAUUCACAAGCAGAGGGCCAUGCUUGUUCUCCUACUUGUAAGCAUUCCACUUGCUUGCAUUUGGGCAAAUGCAGGGCAUAUUCUUGUUUUCUUGGGACAAGAUCCUGAAAUAUCAGCAGAGGCAGGUUCUUAUGCUCGGUUCAUGAUUCCCAGCAUUUUUGCUUACGCACUCCUUCAAUGCCAUGUUCGAUUCCUACAAACUCAAAACAACGUCUUUCCAAUGAUGUUGAGCUCUGGAUUCACCACAUUACUACAUGUACUCAUUUGUUGGAUUCUAGUCUUUAAAUCUGGACUUGGAAAUAAAGGCGCUGCGUUGGCUAAUGCUAUAUCUUAUUGGAUCAAUGUGAUCUUACUCGCCAUUUAUGUCAGGGUAUCUCCUUCCUGCAAGAACACUUGGACAGGAUUUUCCAAGGAGGCAUUGCACGAUAUUCCUAAAUUUCUUCGACUUGCAAUCCCUUCUGCUCUUAUGCUCUGCUUGGAAAUUUGGUCAUUUGAAAUGAUGGUUCUCUUGUCUGGUCUCCUUCCUAAUCCAAAGCUAGAAACAUCUGUUCUUUCUAUCAGCCUCAAUUCGUAUACCAUGGUUUACAUGAUACCCCUCGGAUUCAGCGGUGCCACAAGCAUAAGAGUUUCCAAUGAAUUGGGUGCUGGCCGACCACAAGCUGCCCGUUUAGCAAUAUGCAUUGCCCUAAGCUUGGUUGUUACAGAAGGCAUUUUGGUGGCGACUAUAAUGAUUCUGGGGCGUAAAUUUUGGGGAUAUUGUUACAGUACGGAAGAAAUGGUAGUGCGAUAUGUGGCAGAGAUGAUGAUAUUACUCUCAGGAUCCCACUUUGUGGACGGUAUUCAAUCGGUGCUUUCAGGAAUUGCAAGAGGAUGUGGUUGGCAAAAGAUUGGUGCUUUUGCUAAUUUGGGUGCUUAUUAUCUUAUUGGUAUACCUGUUGGCGUAUUGCUUGCAUUUGUCUACCACAUUGGAGGGAAGGGACUUUGGGUGGGGAUUAUUGUGGCAUUAUUUGCUCAAGCAUUAUUUCUUUCGAUUAUAACUUUGUGCACUAAUUGGGAGAAAGAAGCAAACAAGGCUAGUGACAGAGUAUAUGGCCCAAUGAUACCUGUAGAAGCAUCUCUAAUAAAUUGAAUUCUAUGAGAAAGGAAUACAUAGAGCAUCCAGAAGCAGAUGCAGAGUAUUGAAUGUCACAGUGCCGAAAAAUUCAAAGAACAUUCGAGCCAUGUAUGAAAUAGCUAACAAAAAAACUAAAAAAUAAAAACAGGAUCAUUUUGGAGGAGACACCGCAUGAGAUUCAUAUGAUGAUGAUGAUGAUGAUGAUGAUGAAUGGUUAUGUCCAACCUUGUGUGGAUGUCUCAACAAAUGUUUUGCUAAUGCAAUUAUUUAAACCUUUUUUA